AUGUCGACUCAAGCUGCGCGAAGCAUCCUAUUCACACAUACAUCCCCACAACAGGGAUUCAGGCUCCUAGAACUGCCCCCAGAUCUAGCAGAGCAGCUGUCGUCCAAAAACCCGCCCACUCUCGAACUAAAAUCCCCCUCCUCGUCUCUCUCCCCGGUCACGACCGACCCCGAAGCCCGCGAAUACGUGAACCUCUGCACCGCGACCCAGACCUACCGCAUCCGACAGGUCCAGUCCUCGAACUCGCUACUCGUCAUGCGACCCAGCGAUGGCGGCGCUCAGCGCGGAGACAUCAGCAUCGUCGGCGGGGACCAAGACGAGCUGAACCUCGUGGAGACGAUGACUUCGGUGUCGAAAUGCGGCUCGACGCUCGAGCUGCACACGCCCGCGGGCGGGUUCUCUGCGCUUCCGUCCCUCGAGCGGAGACUGCGCGUGUAUGACGUCGUGAGCAGCGAGAGGGAGUCGGAAUCGGAGGGCCACGCCGACGAGGAUCUCGAUCCGAUUGAGAGGCAGGAGGUGCUGUCGCGGGUCUUGGCGGAUGUUCCUGUGUCGAGGGCGCAGUGCGAGCAGGGCUGGAUCGAGCUGUGUGCGUUUGUGCUGCCGCGUGGGACGGAGGACGAUUUGUCGAGCUGGUGUUGGCGGCCGUCGUCGAGGGUGAAGGUCGAUGUGUGGAGAAGGGUUGUCGAGGGCUCGGUGCUCCAGGGCAUCGAUCUGGGGAAACAGUUUCUGGUGUCGGAUCUGUGGAGGUCGGUGCUUGAUGAAGGGGGCGAGGAGCCGUUUCCGCAGCCGUUGUUUGAGGCGGUGGUGAGGAGGGUUUGUGAAUCGGGGGUGGAGCGAGACCAGGUGCUGGCUGGGACGAAGAUGAAGUGGGCGAGUAUCGACAAGACUAGCUGCGCGCGUUGGGUCGGCGAGACCUGUCUGGAGGCUAUGGCGCCGACUACUACUUCUGCCAUGGCUCGAGAUGACUUCCUGAAGACAUGGCGAAACCAUCUGCCUGAGCCUUGGCAGGAUGAGGUCAAGCUCUCUAAGCUAACGGAAAACUCCUAUAAACAUCCCGAGCCCACCACUAUCUGCUUUGUCAACGAAACCGAUCGCCAAAAGGCGAAGAAGAAUGUCUCAACCGAUGCCAGCGCUGCAACGGCAGCCAAAAAGACCCGAAAUUGGCACGAACUGUUCAAAAACCAAAAGCGACAGAAACAGUAG